AUGUUGUCCUGUCGGGCCUUGGCAGAUCUGCCGCCGGAGCUUGUCUGCCGCAUCGCCGACGAACUUGACGACCUCAAGUGCUACGCGAGUGCGCAGAGAACUUUCCAGAUAUGGCGCUCCGCACUCACGCUGCCUUCGCCUUCGCUGCUCGUGGACCACAACGAUGAUCCCGCCAAGCGCUGCAUCACCACGCCGUCAAUCGUUGUACCACUGUAG